AUGCCACCCAAGGUCGACGUCAACGACCCCGAAAAUGCAAGGCUUCUCACCCUCUUCCAGUCGCUCAACUUGAGCGGUAACAGAGCCGUCGAGACCCUCACAAAUCCCAAACACGUUGCUGCCCUCGAGAGCGUUAUCAACGACAACCAACUCACCUCGAAAACCAUCGACCCAAAAGCUUCGGCACUUAUCAUCUCAGCAUCUACAGCAAACCAAGCUUCCGACAAGAACAGCAGAGACUAUGUUGUAUCGCGCAUCGUCGAUGGCAGUCUCACAUCAUCCGACCAGGUCAACGCCGCAUACAAGUUCUUCGCCAACGUCGAUGGUGAGCCAGACAAAGCUGCUUUUGAUAAGGAAUGUGGUGUUGGCGUCGUUGUGACUCCGGAACAGUGCCGCAAGGCAGUACAAGACUACGUCGCAUCCCACAGAUCCGAGCUUGACCCCGUCGACGGCUGGCCCAAACUCGGUUCCAUCUUGGCAGGCCUCAAGGCUACACCCGAGAUGCGCUGGGCGAGCGCAGUAGAUGUCAAGAACUCGGUCGAUGCAGUGCUCCUCGCAACAUACGGUCCCAAAAAGGCACCACCUCCCAAAGAGAAGAAGCCCGCUGCUUCCACUUCCACCGAUGCUAAGAAGGACGCAGCAGCCAACGCCGCUCCUGUCGACCCAGAUGCCAUGUUCAAAGAAGGCUUCCUUGCCAACCUUCACAAGCCUGGAGAGAACCCUCAGAUCAAGCCAGAGCUCAAGGAGCAGCACCUCGCUGCUACCAAAGCUAUGGUCAUGACUCGCUUCCCACCAGAACCCAACGGUUUUCUGCAUAUCGGACACAGCAAGGCGAUCGCCGUCAACUUCGGCUUUGCUCGCUACCACCGCGGUCUUUGCUACCUUCGAUAUGAUGAUACCAACCCGGAGGCUGAAGAAGAAAAGUACUUCACCAGUAUCCUCGAGACGGUUCGAUGGCUCGGGUUUGAGCCUUUCAAGGUUACCUACUCCAGUGAUUACUUUCAGCAGCUCUACGAGCUUGCUGUGGAGCUCAUCAAACGUGGCAAGGCGUAUGUAGACCACUCGACACCAGAGGAAAUCAAGGAGCAGCGAGGUGGGCCCGAACGUGGACCCCGCAAGCCUUCGCGUUUCCGUGAUCGUCCCAUCGAAGAGUCAUUGCAGGACUUUGAGGAUAUGAAGAAUGGCAAGUAUCCUCCCGGCAAAGUGACCUUACGUAUGAAGCAAGAUAUCGAAAACGGAAAUCCUCAGAUGUGGGAUCUUAUCGCCUACCGCGUUCUUGAAGCCUCGCAUCACCGAACGGGUAAGGACUGGUGCAUUUACCCGACUUACGACUUUACCCACUGUUUGGUCGAUAGCUUUGAGAACAUCAGUCACUCGCUCUGCACGACAGAGUUCAUUUUGUCGCGCGAGUCGUACGAGUGGCUGUGCGACGCGCUGGAAGUGUACAAGCCCAGACAGUCCGAGUACGGCCGACUUGCGUUGCAGGGUACGGUGAUGUCUAAGCGUAAGAUCCUCAAGUUGGUCAAGGAAGGGUAUAUUGAGGACUGGGACGAUCCGCGAAUGUUCACUCUCAUUGCUCUUAGGAGGAGGGGUGUCCCUCCUGGUGCGAUUCUGUCUUUCAUCAGCUCCUUGGGUGUUACGACCUCGAAGACGACGAUUCAGAUCAGUCGAUUCGAUCAGGCGAUUCGACAGUAUCUUGAGUUCUCGACUCCACGAUUGAUGAUGGUUCUCAACCCGCUCAAGGUUACCAUCCAGAAUCUGCCUGAGGAUCACUUCCAGGAGCUGGAGAAGCCUCUACACCCCAAAGCACCGGAGAUGGGAACGAACAAGAUGCCUUUCACUCGCACGGUGUACAUUGAUGCAUCCGACUUCAGGACGGAGGAUAGCAAGGACUACUUCCGUUUGGCACCUGGUAAAACUGUUGGCUUGUUGCAGGUACCCCACCCCAUCACCUGCACGUCGUUCAAGACUAACGAUAAGGGUGAACCUAUCGAAGUCAUUGCCACUUACGGUGACGCUUGCACUCCCAAACCCAAGGCUUAUAUCCAAUGGAUCGCCGAGCACGCUCCCUCAAACUCACCUGUUAGAGUGGACGAGACGAGGAUCUUCCACCAGCUCUUCACAUCAGACGAUCCCGCUGCAGAGGAAAACUACUUGGAUCAUGUCAACCCAGACUCACUCGAAAUCGUCAAAGGAGCCAUGGUCGAGGUUGGAUUCUGGGAAGUUGCUAAGAAAUCCAUCGAGCAGGCCCGAGUGGAGGCAGCAGAGAGGACCAAGAAAGCGGAAGCAGACGCAGCCAAAGCACCAAGCCAAACUGAAACCGCCGAUACGGAGGGUAAAGGUGCACGUGCACCCGAGAGGACGGCGGAGCAGUUGGUUGGGAAGGAAUUGGUCAGGUUUCAAGGUAUGCGCACUGCCUACUUCGCAUUGGAUAGGUUGAGUGGCGAUUUGGGUCUGUUUGGCAACAAGAUGGAGGGUGGCAAGAUCGUGCUGAAUAGGAUUGUGAGCUUGAAGGAGGAUAGUAAGAAGGAGGAUAGUAAGAAGGAUGAUAAUAAGAAGGAUGAUAAUAAGAAGGAUGACAAUAAGAAGGGCACUGCGGGUGCGAAGAAGGGUGGAAAGUGA